AUGGCCUCCUCAGGAGCGAUUCCACUGGGCAGGACACCUCAGGGCCUCAGCCCCAUGGAGGCCUCUGCCAGUUUCCCCAGCCCCAUGGCCCCAGAACCCUAUCCCAGGGUGACAGAAGCAGAGGGCGAGGACGACAACGAUGAAGAGCAGGCUGCAGAGAUCCAUCUCUGUGUGCUAUGGAAUUCAGGAUUUCUGGGCCUGGCCUACUAUGACACCAGUGACUCCAUCAUCCAUUUCAUGCCAGAUACCCCAGACCAUGACAGCCUCACACUUCUUCAGAGAGUUCUAGAAGAAAUCAAUCCUCGAUCCAUUGUUACCAGUGCCAAACAGGAUGAAAGUAUGACUCAGUUUCUCGGAAAGCUUGGCUCCCAGGAAAAAAACAUAGUGCCAAAGGGACCUGAAAUCGUAUUUUUGCCCAGUGUGGAUUUUGGUCUAGAAAUAAGCAAGCAGCGCCUCCUUUCUGGAGACUACUCCUUUAUUCCAGACUCCAUGACAGCCACUGAGAAAAUCCUCUUUCUCUCUUCCAUCAUUCCCUUUGACUGCCUCCUCACGGUUCGAGCACUUGGAGGAUUACUCAAAUUCCUUGGUCGAAGAAGAAUUGGGAUUGAACUGGAAGAUUAUAAUGUCAGCGUUCCCAUCCUAGGGUUUAAGAAAUUUGUAUUAACCCACCUGGUGAGCAUAGAUCAAGACACUUACAGUGUUCUGCAGAUAUUUAAGAGUGAAUCUCACCCCUCAGUGUACAAAGUGGCCACUGGAUUAAAGGAGGGACUCAGUCUCUUUGGAAUCCUCAACAGAUGCCGCUGUAAGUCAGGGGAGAAGUUGCUCAGGCUCUGGUUCACACGUCCAACACAGGACCUGGUGGAAUUAAAUUUGCGUCUGGAUGUCAUUCAGUUUUUCCUGCUACCCCAGAAUUUGGAAAUGGCUCAGAUGCUGCAUCGUUUGCUGGGUCACAUCAAGAAUGUACCUCUUAUUCUGAAACGCAUGAAGUUGUCCCACACCAAGGUCAGCGACUGGCAUGUACUCUAUAAGACUGUGUACAGUGCCUUGGGUUUGAGGGAUGCCUGCCGCUCCUUGCCCCAAUCCAUUCAGCUCUUUCAAGAUAUUUCCCGAGAGUUCUCUGAUGAUUUAUACCACAUUGCCAGCCUCAUUGGAAAAGUGGUGGAUUUUGAGCGCAGUCUUGCUGAAAAUCGCUUCACGGUCCUCCCCAACAUAGAUCCUGAAAUUGAUGAGAAGAAACGAAGGCUGAUGGGACUUCCCAGUUUUCUUACUGAGGUUGCUCGAAAGGAACUGGAGAAUCUGGACUCACGCAUUCCUUCAUGCAGUGUCAUUUACAUUCCUCUGAUCGGCUUCCUUCUUUCUAUUCCCCGUUUGCCUUCCAUGAUAGAAACCAAUGACUUUGAGAUUGAGGGAUUGGACUUUAUGUUUCUCUCGGAGGAAAAGCUGCACUAUCGUAGUGCUCGAACCAAGGAGCUAGAUGCAUUGCUUGGGGAUCUACACUGUGACAUCCGUGACCAGGAGACCCUACUGAUGCACCAGCUGCAGUGUCAGGUGCUGGCACGGGCAACUUCCUUGACCCAAGUGUUGGACCUUGCCGCACGCCUGGAUGUCCUGCUGGCCCUUGCCAGUGCUGCACGGGACUAUGGAUACUCAAGGCCUUGUUACUCCCACCAACUAUUUGGGGUACGAAUUAAGAAUGGCAGACAUCCUCUGAUGGAGCUCUGUGCACGGACCUUCGUGCCCAACUCCACAGAAUGCAGUGGGGACAAAGGCAGGAUCAAAGUCAUCACUGGGCCUAACUCUUCAGGAAAGAGCAUAUACCUCAAACAGGUAGGCUUGAUCACAUUCAUGGCCCUGGUGGGCAGCUUCGUACCAGCAGAGGAAGCCGAAAUCGGGGCCAUAGAUGCCAUCUUCACCCGAAUUCAUAGUUGCGAAUCUGUUUCCCUCGGCCUUUCCACCUUCAUGAUGGAUCUCAACCAGCAGAUGGCAAAGGCUGUGAACAAUGCAACUGAGCAUUCUCUGGUCCUGAUAGAUGAAUUUGGAAAGGGAACCAACACGGUGGACGGGUUGGCACUUCUAGCUGCUGUUCUCAAAUACUGGCUGGCACUUGGACCCACGUGUCCCCACAUCUUUGUUGCCACCAACUUCCUGAGCCUCGUUCAGUUACAGCUGCUACCACAGGGACCUCUUGUGCAUUAUUUGACCAUGGAAACAUGUGAGGAUGGGAACGACCUUGUCUUCUUCUAUCAGAUUUGUGAAGGUGUUGCCAAUGCCACACAUGCCUCUCACACAGCUGCCCAGGCUGGGCUUCCCAGCAAACUCAUUGCUCGUGGCAAGGAGGUUUCAGACUUAAUCUGCAGUGGAAAACCCAUUAAGCCUGUCAAAGAGUUGCUAAAAGAGAAGCAAAUAAAAAGUUGCCAGACAUUAGUAGAUAAGUUUCUGAAGCUGGAUUUGGAAGAUCCCAACGUGGACCUGGACACUUUCAUGAAUCAAGAAGUGAUGUCUGCUGCAACCACUAUCCUCUGA